CGACGCCCAACCGAUGUCAUCGACGCGUCCUUUCCUGCGUCUGACGUUUAAAAGAUAAUCCUUUAACUUAUAAACAAACGUUUGAAAUCAAUCGCCGAUAUCGAUCGAUAAUUAUCUACAGAAAAGCUAACUCAGUGUUUAAUACUGCGGGAAGAAAUUUGUUCCAAUGUAAGAUCGAACAAAGUGUUUUUAAUUGUACGUAACCAAACGCAACAUAACCUAGCCACGUUCCGUUAAUCGUUUGUAUAUUUCGCAAAGAAAUUCGUCGAAAUGAUGCUCAUGCUUUCACGAUCAGUUGAAACGCUUGUGUGAAAUAAUACGCGCAACAGAAUCAUAACAACAAUAAAGGGAGCAAUAAUAAUAACAAUGGGACGAGGAAAACCUCGCGUGUGACUCAAUGGAAAAAUGAUGUAAUCACGAGAAACGGGACGCUGCCGUUGUUACGAUAAUAUGGUUAUGGCAGGGAAUGAGAAUGGGGCGGGACCGGCGACUGAGGAACCGCUGACAUCAAGGCUACAGUGGCUGCAGCAGCGUCGUCAAGCUCUGCAAGAAAAGUUAAUUCAAAAGAACAACGAACUCAAAAAUAUCUGUAUAGACGAGGCUGAGUUAACCGGCAUUUUACCGCCAGAAAUACCACUGGAGCCUGGCGAAAGUCCCCCGAGUUUUCGGCGGAGAGUUGGCACUGCUUUUACCUAUCCCCAAAAUCUGAUAAAUAAACUCAAGACGACUGAAGCGGAGGAAUCUGCGCUAGAAUUGGAACGCCAAGUACAAGUUGGAAUUGCCGAAGCUGCGUUGAGCAUCUUCAAUGAUGCGGCGGAGAGCAAAGCUGUACGUCGCAAGCAUAGGCUUGUCUAUCAACAGAGUCAACGUCGUCUUCAGGAACUAGACGUGCGUCUCAAUUUCGUUAGACAGGCUCAUGGAAAAAGUCAGCGAGCUUCACAGGUUCCCCAUGUUUCGUCGUACGCGACGCAACCCCACCCACAAAGAGAUGGAAAGCAUAGGAUCAAAAAGCCUCGACCGCCAUUAGAAUCAACUGGUAGCGACAGAUCAUCGAAAUCGGCCAGAGGCUUGCUUCAAGAAGGCGGGGUUAGUCUAAGCCCCUUAGGGCAAGAAAACAACUACAACACUUAUCCAGGAACGGGAUAUCAGGAGCCAGAACACCUGCACUCGCCACUGACAACUGUCUACAAUCAAAACCGAAUGCCUCAUCCGAUAGCCACUGCCACAACUCGUCAGCAAAGUCCUAAGCUGCUUGUAGACAGCGACCUGAACGACAAUCAUAACGUGUAUAUACUCCCUGAUCAAUACCGAGCGAGAACCUAUUCCCACGGAAGCGGAGGCUCGCGGAAUCCGAAUCACUACUUGGACGCGGAAAGAAAUUAUAGGCCCGUCCCCAACACGUACACAGAACAGGAGAGGCUGCUGCGUUAUCGGCAAUUGCAGCUUCAGCAGCAGCAUCAACAACAGCAACAAAUGUUGCAAAAUCAUCAGCAAUACCCAGAGUACAAAAUCCCCGACAAUGAGAUUUUACGGUUUCAUUCCACCGGGCCGCAGUUCUAUAGUGAAAUGGAGGGCAACGUUCGUCGUUACGUUCAUACACCCGACUAUCAGCCAGGUUUCGGUAAGCAGCAACAACCCCAGCUGAGAGAAAUGCGAGAAAUGAUCGGUAACAGAGUUUCGUCGAGAUCAAACGGGCCCCCGAAUGACCCGCAUCAGCCACCCGGGUACUGGAUGCGGUACGAAGACGAGAUAAUUUGGUUCCCGGACGAGCAGCCGGUCGAUAAAUUCGGGAGCCUGGAUCGCAGGAAGCGUCAUAGUUCUCAGCACGCAAAAACUACGGGAGGGCCAAACAGUGCUGACCAUCAAAUUCGCUACCACACUGUGGCAGGGAGCAAGAGCACGUCGCUUCUACCGCGGCAUAACGUUCCCCUGAAUCCCCCACAGCCGGAACAAACGGCAACUCAGUCCCCGAGCAGAAUGCUACUCAGAACUCAAUCUCUCGGGAGUGUGGAGACGUGGAAUUCGGGACAGUCGCAAGACUCACAAGAUAAGGACACCACUGACAACGCCAGCUCCAAGGGCAAGGAGAAAGGGUGGUACGAAACUUCUCUCGAUUCCGGUUCCAGCCCCCCUGCCAUGUCCGGCAUCGUUCACCGCCCGUUGAUCGGGGGUGCUCUAAAGACUAAGCCAAUAGCCAGGGACGCGUCAGUGAUUGAGGACCAAAAGCGAGUGCCGCAGAGUCGUUAUCAUCAGCCACAAAAGAUUUUCGAAAUACCAGCGGAAUCGAAACUGCCAGAUAACAACAACGAGCGGACCUUGGAAUCGCCGAAAAAUUGCACCGUAGUUCAGGCUGGAAAGUACCAACCGUACAGAGAGGUGACGAAACCCUUUGAAAUGUCCGAUUUCUACAAAUACUCUACGAAGUAUCGCAAACGAAACGAAAACGCCGCUACCAUUCCGGCCGCGUCGCAAAGUUCAAUUAUUAUCGGAAAAAAUGCUACGAUCGCCGCCAAUACAUCUAGUAGUUCAAAACUACCCCAAGAUCCUAGGGUGAAUAUGAUGAUACAAAUGAGUCAAGAACUGAGGCUGGAAAAUCUAGAGGAAAGAACUGUGCCUAGUCCAGUUCAAAAAAGGAUUUAUCAACCCCUUCAGCGAAUGACUUGUCAGCCGUACAACGCGCUGAGGCCGGAAGAAGGGGGCGAGGAGUGGUACGUUUCGGAAAAAGAAGCGGCAUCAAGCGCAACGCUGGUUUAAAGCAGCGCGGAAUUCAAUGUCACAAUGUCGAAGAUACUUUGUGACAAAAAAGAAAAAUUAACAGAUCAGUUACUUUACUUUGAAAAGUAAUUCGAUAAUUGGACAUUGGAUCAAAUAUCUGUUUCACAGUUUGAAUUUUCGACUAUUUUUGAACUGUAUCAAAGACUUAAAUGUAGAACAAUAAUUUAUUGAUGAUAGCGUAGUUGACCUUCAACUAAAGUUCAACGAUAAAGUUAACUGAAAGUACGAGUAUGGUGCCUUUCACAUUCACUUAAAGUGCCUUAUGUUAGUUAGUAUAAGUGAAAUUUGCCUUUUUUUCAACCUUUCAGGCAGAAGUUACUGCCUAUGUUAUGUGAUUUGAAAAGGGAAACGAUCAAAAUGUACGUACAUAAAAAAUUUUGUUAGUACUUACAUUAUUUAGCAACAAUCGGAUAUGAAAGAAGAAAACGAAAAAAAAAAAUAGAAUGAGAAAUGUUAGACUGUGACUAAAAGGGUAUCAUUGACUUGUCAAAAAAAGUAAUAGGUGACUUUUUAAUUUCGUUAUACGUAUGUAUAUAUAUAUAUAUAUAAGAUUUAAAAAGUGUUCAUUAUUUAGUAUUGGUUAUUAUCAUUAUCGGCUAUUAUGAACAGAAAAAUGAUACGAAAUCAUACAAUCAUACAAUUGUAGGCACGUAUCACGUGUAUGUUUAUCAUUGUGAAGAUAGAAAUUGUUAUCACCACAGACGUGUAAAUUGAAUCCAAGUGCCUUUGUAUACAAUAACAACAAUCAAUAAUAAUAUAUUAUUAUAACUAAGAAAACGUUGUUGUGUAUUUAAGAGCUAAAGACUACGUGUUGAAGGACGCGUAUUACUUUUACAAAUUGGUUCAAAAAUGUCCGAUAUUUAUUUAAAUAAAUACCCAUUUUAUAUGAGUAUAUUAUAUAUUAUCUAUGUAAAUUGUAGGUGUAGGUAUACAUACACGUAUACUUGGUAUGACAUAUCGUUCAUAUCCUCACCUCGUCCCAUCCGUUUUCAUAUUUUCCCGUUUUUGUGUUUGCAAAGUAAUAUAUCAGGCAGCGCCAGUCCGCCUUAUGCAAUCAUUAUUCAUUCUUCAUAAAAUUGUAUUAUUUUAUUAUUCAAUAUACAAAUUAUGUACACUAAUUAAUGUUUGAAUUCGAAUAACUGUUAGCCCUGAUGCUAUACUUAUUUGUUAUUCAUAGAUUCGCAUUGAGUUUCGAGCGACGAAUAAAAGUGCUAAUAAUUGUCUAUCGCAGCUCGAUUGAAUAAAUUGAAAAAAAAUUUUUUUUUAAAUUGUGUUAAAAUAAGGACAGGAAAAUAUUAAUGCUAAAAGCGUACUUUUUGGAUUUUUAAAAUCAAAGAAUUAUCCUAUCUACAGACAAGGGGCUAAAUAGUAAACCGCCAAUUAGAUGGUCCAACAUGUCUUGUUUGCUAAACUUUUCUUACGAAAUUGCCAUCGGUCGAGGUCAUCUCAAGUGAAAAGUUUUGUAAAAAAACUUACACAAUGUAACACAGGACUGACUUACCCAAGAUCUUGAAGCCAUCAUCAACAAUUAAUCAAUCAUCUUGUAAAUGUGAUAUGUAUGCUAAUUGUACAGACAAGGCACAGAGCUACAAAAACUACAGGACAGGCAUGGCGUCUCGUUGCGCGAAUUACAAAUAGAAGUUUGAAACUUGCGAUUAAUGAAAUUUGUAACCAAGUUUAUUGUUAGCAGGGUAUAUCUAAAACUAGAUCACCAUUAUUAUUUCACUCGACAAUUAAUUGGCAGUUGGGCAUUUUUAAGCUUAUCGUUAUCAACAAUAACUGUUACAGACAUAAAAACAAUGAUAGCACAUUAAAAAAAAAAAAAAAAAUUAUUUUAACUCAUAUAUGGCUACGGCAAUUGGCUAUGGCUAAUAAGUGAAUUUAUUUGUUUUACCUACUUUGUCAUACCAGUUAAUUAUUUUCUAUACGUAUGCGUAACACAGUUUUCGUUCUGUUCACUAUUGUUUCACAGAUUACGAAAAUGAGAGCUUAAAGACCAAACGUUAAGGAUAGAUGAUAUUGGCCAUGGGACCAUGCCGUGUCCUCGUAUUAUACGAUAAUGCGGCAUAUGGAUAACAGCGCAUAAUGUUAGGUGAGUAGGUAUAUUGAAUAAUUAAUCAAGUAAACUGGCCUGAAAAUGUGUUGAAAACACGGAUAUUAACCCGUACUAGACGAUACACUUCUAAUCACUGUUACGUAGGCAUGAAAUUCGUAUAUUGUUAUAUUUUAAGAAUCUAAAUUGCCUAGACCCACAUUUCUAUCUACAUGCGUUCUUUGACGUAUACGGAAUCGUACAAUGUAUCGAACCAAACAUACUGAAUUAAAAAUUGACCUGUAUUUUCCGUGCAAUAAUUACGACCGGCUUUUACGCCGCGUA